UAAAAGUGAUACAACACAUAAGCAGUUCGACUUUGUUAUCAUUUGUAAGAAGUUUAUUUUAAAAGAAUUUAAUUUUGCAGUACAUUUAGAAUGAAGAAGUUGAUUUACAUAUUACUUAGCUUAUGUAUCAUCUGCAGUUGGGGUAUCAGAGUGCAAACAGUGGAUAAUGUCUCUGAGGCAUUAAACAAACGCUUGUUAGAUAUGGAAUGGAGACAAAGUGUAUGUGAAAAGAAAAUAAAGGAUUUGGAGACGAGUUGUCAGAAAUCUACAGUCAGGAGAAGAUCGGUGACUGGUCAACAUGUUGCUUUUUCUACGCUUUUAACGACCAACCAGAAGAACAUUGGUUUAAGCCAAACAAUAAAAUUCGACAAAAUUCUACUAAACGAUGGGGCAGGAUACCGCAAAUAUUCUGGAGUGUUCACUGUACCGGUUUCUGGGGUGUACAUGUUUUCAUACUUUUUUGGACACGGAUAUAGCCACGGCCAGAUAUGGUUACGGCUUAUGCAUAACGGACAGAAGGUAAACGCAGGUGUAACCGACACGUUUCACAACAAUCAAGAUUUGCAAGGAGGAAAUACAGCAAUUAUAAGAGCGCAUGUUGGGGAUACUAUCUGGAUAGAAUCAUUUCAUCAAAACGACGCUUCGUUGUAUGGAAUAAUAGGUUUUACAUCAUUUUCCGGUGUUUUGUUGUAUUAGAUUUCUUUUGAAAUAUCAAAAAGCGUUUAGUGCUGCCAAUGUGUACCGUUUUUUCCGGACAAUAGGCCGCGGCAUAUACGUUUAAAAAUGUGAAAUUUACAGGGGUGCGGCCUAUGCGUCGAAGCGGCCUUUACGUCAAUUUAUUUUUUCUAAAUGGGCCUUUCAUGCAGCCUGUGCAACAAGUUUAAAAUUUUCACUUGCAUUUUGAAAGCCGAUCGAAUCAUGUAGAAUGUACAAAAUGGACAAUUUUGCCGAGAGGGCCUUUGAAAACAGCUCAAGAAACUUACAUUCGGACUUAACAGUUCACUUUAUUUGACGGAUUAACAAGUGUGAUUUCCUGUAAAUACAACCGAUUUCGAUGGCUAUUUAUCGAGGACAGUCUUUAUACGACAUGGUCAUUUUCACCGCAUAUUGGUAUAUAGGCCGCGGCCAAUAUGCCGGAGCGGCCUAUACGUUUAAUUUUACUUCUGAUAUAGUUAAAAUACAUGGCUGCGGCCAAUACGGCGCAGCGGCCUAUUGUCCGGAAAAUACGGUAAACACAUAAAUGCAAGUGAAUAAUAUUUGAUCAUUUUUCAUUUUAAUAUUCAAAUAAACAUUCAUAUGUUGAAAUGGCAAGAUGUUAAACUCGAAGCUAAAAAGUAAAGUAACGACACCCAUAAUGAUAGUAAGUGUCAAGCCAAUUCGUUUAUAUCCAAUACAUUUGUAUAUCAUGAAAAAAGAAGAGCUUUAUUUUGUCUGUCAAUAUGUAUAAAUUGAAUCCUAUUUCUAGAAUGAAUUCACUGUACGUCAGGUGUUUGGAUUAACAGGUUGCUGAUUCUGAAACAAAUACAAUCUUGAAUUUGCCUGCAGAAGCCGUUUAGAUUCAUUUCAGCAUUGCGAUUGAUCGGUUAACAGUUUCCUUUCAAUAACACCUUAUCCAAUCCCAUCACUGGGAACUCAGAUGUGAGCGAUUUAAAUAAUGCGUCAGCGUAGGACAUACACUGAUUACCAAAUAUACUAAACAUACACUGAUGAAGCAAAUCUAUGCUGUAGCUUGCUGGUAUUACCAAUUGUUUGAAAAUAUAUAAUACAUUUAUUAUUUAUGAUUUUAACAUACACAUGUACAGUUACACUAAAAGAUGUAUAUCAAUAACUAGCAUAACAACACGUAUGAAAUCAUCUAGUAAUUAUUAUGAUCAGUAGGGAGACCGCAGAUCUACGGAUCUCAGGGUUGUUAGUUCGAUCCCCGGGCAGGGUAUAUGUUCUCCGCGACAAUUUGAUAAAAUGCAUUGUGUCCGAAAUCAUUUGUCCUCCACCUCUGAUUCAUGUGGGGAUGUUGACAGUAACUUGUGGAGACGGGUUUGUACUGGUACAGAAUCCAGGAACACUGGUUAGUUUAACUGUCCGCCGUUACAUAACUGAAAUACUGUUGAAAAAAUGGCAUUAAACACAAAACAAACACACUAACAAAAUUUAGUUAUUAUUAUAACCAAGAUUAUGUUGGUAUAUGAUUACAUAUUCCUUCUAUUUAUUUUCAUUUAUUUAUUUAUUAUAGUCUCUUCACUGUACAGUACAUCAAUAUACAACAUAGGUUAAAGAAACAAUAAUACAAUGUACAAUGUCAUUCAUAUAUGAAUUAUAAGAGACUGAGAUAAAAUUGAUUUCUACUAUAAAAAGCCAGACAAAAGUAUAUCUUCAAUCGCUUCUGCACCGCAUGUAAUGCUUUUAUUCUUGUUAUUCAUGAGUAAAAUACAAUUUUCUUUGUUAAACAAACUUACUUUCUUUUCGUGUUACAUAUCUUAUUGACAACGCAUUUAGCUUCAUGACGUCACGAUAAUAUCUAAGUCACAUUUACGCUUUAAAUUUAUAAGAUUUCACUGAUGCAUUUUCAAGUGAGUUUUUACGUGUAUGUUUCAGUAAUCCAAGGAUUAACUAACACUACUGACAUACAUUAACGGUCUGCAUUUUUCAAUUUUUAAUGGAUUUAUAUUUAAAAACGGAAUACCAUGUUGGUUAGGAGAAACUUUUAUCUGUACUGUUGUUUCGGAGAUUGCUUAAUUCAUUUUUAAUAUUAUGUAAGAGACAUAAACAUAUGUAUGUGUUUGUUAUAAUAAAUUGAUACUAUUCAAAUAAACUAGUUCAUAAUUUGGCAA